AUGCCGAAUGUGCCGUUACGCCGCCCUAUUUGUGAUUCAGAUCCCCAGACACUUCUCAAAGCCUUCUUGUCGUCAACCAAGGAACAGGAUACCCCAGUGGUGAUAUCAUCCAAACACGGUCGUCUGACUGGAAAAACUAAACCAAUACCACUCAGGUUAUCGCCGAAAUCAAAAAUUUGCAUCCGGGAUUGCCGAGCUGAAAUUGUGAGCGCUGCAAGACCUCUGGGAUCUACCACAACCCCACCCCGUCUUAUGCAUCCCGCGCACUGCGGAGGAAUACCCAUUUACUGCUUUGCCGUCAAGGAGAGCUACCAAUAG